AUGCCGCGAAGAGGAUCAAUGAAUGCGUGGUCGAUGAUUGACGUGCCCAAGACUUCCAUGGUGUCGGGACUUCACGUCAAGCCUCGCAAGAGAGAAGGGAGGGUCCAUAAUCCAGUGGACAAUAUGGGACCGUCAUCGCACGCGGAGCUGGGGAUGGAUAUCGUGAUGAAACGGGAUUGGAGUGCGUGGGUCAAAUUAGCCAACUUCUCCCAAGGCACUCGUGCCUCAAUCGAACAUUACCUUCGUUCAGUAGGAGGCAACGGCAACGCACAAGUCGAACGCACGUCCACUUCUCUGUCUACGAGAGCGGACGAUGUCCAGGGUGGUCUAGCGUCGUGUUCUCUUACACCUUCCUUCACGGACCAUGGCGUUAUGUGUGCAUCACCUGAGCAUGGGUAG